GCCGGGCUGGCGCCUCUCCGGGUUCCCGCACACCCAACGCUCGCUCGAGGCCGUCCCUGGGGGGGUCACCGGGAGGGCGGGGUGGAGGCGGCGCCCGCGGUGGCCGCAGACACCCCAGGGCCCGCACGCGGUGAACACCACUAUACCGCCCUGCCAACCCGCGGCCCCGUGCGCGCCCCGACGGCCCGGCGGUGUUUUGGCAUCCAUGCGCUCCACCGCCGCGCCCCGGGCCCGUCCCCGGCCCCCCGCCUUGGCGCUGUCCCCCAUGGCCCCCGAGUCCCGGCUGUGUUUCUCCUUCAGCGAAGAGGACACCUGGAGGCAUCCUCCUCCCGGGAAACCCAUCAGCUUCGAGGCGGAGAAUGGCCCUGCACCGUCUCCCUCCCGCAGCCCGCUGGACGCCCAGGCCAGCCCGGGCCUGGUGCUACAUGCGGGAACAGUCGCCAGCCAGAGGCGCGAGUCCUUCCUCUACCGUUCUGACAGCGACUUUGACAUGUCCCCAAAGACCAUGUCCCGGAACUCAUCGGUCACCAGCGAGGCACACGCCGAGGACCUUAUCGUGACUCCAUUCGCCCAGGUGCUGGCCAGUCUCCGGAGUGUCCGCAGCAACUUCUCCCUCCUCACCAAUGUCCCCAUUCCCAGCAACAAGCGGUCCCCACUGGGAGGCCCAACAUCCGUCUGCAAGGCCACAUUGUCAGAGGAAACCUGCCAGCAGCUGGCCCGGGAGACGCUGGAAGAGCUGGACUGGUGCCUGGAGCAGCUGGAGACCAUGCAGACCUACCGCUCCGUGAGCGAGAUGGCCUCGCACAAGUUCAAGAGGAUGUUGAACCGAGAACUCACCCAUCUCUCAGAGAUGAGUCGCUCAGGCAACCAAGUUUCCGAGUACAUUUCUACCACAUUUCUGGACAAGCAGAACGAAGUGGAGAUCCCCCCACCGCACCAUGAGAAGGAGCAGGAGCAGGAGAAGGCAGAGCUGAGGACCCGACUGUCGCAGCAGCCCCCGCCCCCCGGACCCCAGUUUCAGCCCAUGUCCCAGAUCACGGGGGUGAAGAAACUGACCCACAGCAGUAGCUUCAAUGAUCUAAGCAUCCCUCGUUUUGGGGUGAAAACCAGCCAAGAGGAGCUUCUGGCUAAAGAGCUGGAAAAUCUCAACAAGUGGGGCCUGAAUAUCUUUCAUGUCUCUGAUUAUGCUGGCGGCCGCUCACUCAGCUGUAUCAUGUAUACCAUAUUUCAGGAGCGGGACCUGUUGACGAAGUUCCGCAUCCCUGUUGAUACGAUGGUGACAUACGUACUCACACUCGAGGACCACUACCACUCCGAUGUGGCAUACCACAACAGCCUGCAUGCGGCCGACGUGCUCCAGUCCACCCACGUGCUGCUAGCCACCCCUGCGCUUGACGCCGUGUUCACGGAUCUGGAGAUCCUCGCUGCCCUGUUCGCUGCCGCCAUCCACGACGUGGACCACCCCGGUGUCUCCAACCAGUUUCUCAUCAACACCAACUCGGAGCUGGCGCUCAUGUACAAUGAUGAGUCGGUGCUGGAGAACCACCACCUGGCCGUGGGCUUCAAGCUGCUGCAGCAGGACAACUGCGACAUCUUCCAGAACCUCAGCAAGCGCCAGCGCCAGAGUCUGCGCAAGAUGGUCAUCGAUAUGGUACUGGCCACGGACAUGUCCAAGCACAUGACCCUCCUGGCCGACCUGAAGACCAUGGUGGAGACAAAGAAAGUGACAAGCUCGGGGGUCCUGCUACUAGACAACUAUUCCGACCGCAUCCAGGUUCUUCGGAACAUGGUGCACUGUGCCGACCUCAGCAACCCCACCAAACCUCUGGAGCUGUACCGCCAGUGGACAGACCGGAUCAUGGCCGAGUUCUUCCAGCAGGGUGACCGCGAGCGCGAGCGGGGCAUGGAGAUCAGCCCUAUGUGCGACAAGCACACAGCCUCUGUGGAAAAGUCCCAGGUGGGUUUCAUCGACUACAUAGUGCACCCUCUAUGGGAGACGUGGGCCGACCUGGUGCACCCCGAUGCCCAGCACAUCCUGGACACCCUAGAAGACAACAGGGACUGGUACUAUAAUGCCAUUCGCCAGAGCCCAUCGCCACCCCCCGAAGUCGAGCCCCUGGACCUGGGACCCCCGCACCCCACUGAGAAGUUCCAGUUUGAGUUGACACUGGACGAGGCAGACGAGGACAAACCCAUCCCAGAACCAGACGCCUGUCCAGGGCAUGAAGCUGGUACCCCCCUGCCAUCACCAGGAGCCUCAAAAGUCCCCGUGGAAAAGAGUGGCAACCACAGACCCCCUGUUCUGCCUGCCUUGAGGACCCCAACCCUGCCGCAGGCUGCCCCGGGCUUCCCUGGCCCCCCCUCCCUGGCGGCCGAGGGGGGGCCCCGACAAGCGCUCGCGGCUGCCACGCGGGAAAGGGUGUGCAGAGUCUGUACCGGGAGCUGGGGGGACCCUGGCGAAGAUCAACCUCCACCCCCAGGUCCAGGCGGGUGGGGUCCGACCAGUCCCCCAUGAUCCCUGCUGGCCCCCACCGGCCUCACCCGCCCCGUGGGCCCCACAUUUCUUGUCCACUUACUCGGAGACUCUGGGGCUUCCUGAGAAAAAAGAAAACAGAAAAGUGUUUUUUUUUUUCUCUUUUAUUUUUUUGGCCCACCCCUGCCCUCCUUCCUCACCUCUCCCUCCCACUUGUGGGGCCUCUCUUUGGAGGUGGGGGCUGGAGAGCUGGGUGGGACCUGGGGAACCCAGAGGGAUUUUAUUUUUUGAAUUUU